AUGGAUCCACGGCUGAAGAUUGUGGUCGCGACGGCGGCGAUUCUGGUGAUCCUUACGGCGGUGGCAGCGGCACCGGCCGGAAAACAGGCGGCGAAGGGUCCAAAUCCGCCGCCACCAUCGCCGGAGUGCUGCAAGAAUCUUUCCGGCACCGAUCUGAAGUGUUUCUGCAAGUCUUUGAACUAUCCGUCGCCGCCGCAGCUCCCGAUUGACCCAAAACUCACCAAGCAACUCUUUCAGAAGUGCCGGCUUCCCGGGCCGGCUUGCUGA